AUGGACUCGGACGACGCCUCCUUGGCAACACCGACUCUGAAGCGCAAGAGGUCAGAUGACAUCGAAGCCCCCAAACAAGAUCAAAACCGGCGGAAGAAGUCCCGAGAAACGCUAGCGAAGGCAUUUUCGCUCUCAGACUCAGGUCAAGCGCAGCAGUUCUCCACAACUCUCGAGAAUAGCGUGUACGAGUUCUGCAAGUCCAAGUACGGGGAUGGAAGUUUUGAUAAGAUCAAGGCUCAUUACAUAGAAAGGAUCAAAACCCUCAAAUUUAACUUGGAGAGGAACACAGAGUUGCGGGAGAACGUGCUAUCGGGGCAAAUACCUCUCGAUGACCUCGCAAGCAUGAACUCUGCAGAUCUUGCUUCCACGGAUGUCAAGCAGAAGCGAGUUACAGCGGCCGAAGAGAGCUUGAAGGACAGAGUGAACAAUGAGGAGGUCCAGAGGCUGAAGAAUUCUGCUGAGGGUCAAACUAUGAGGAAGACAGACCAGGGUUUGGUUACCGUGUCGCACGAAGCAGAGGCGGAGCAAGCUAAGAAAGAGCAGGAGGAGUACGAGAGGAAAAGGCUAGAGGAAGAGAAGAAGAAGGAGGAGGAGAGGAACAAGGCUGCAUCUAUCGUAGCAGCAGGGCUGAACAUGGCGGAGGAGGAUCAGAAGUCUUACCUCAACUCGGAGUGGAAGCCAACGUUGUCCAACAUUGAGGACGACGAAGACAAGAUCAAGCACAGUGUCGAGCUCUCUCCGAUGCUGGAGGCCCACGUGGCGGAGCCUGUCACUCCUGACUUCGACGUGCACGCCAGUGACCCUCACAGGGAGCUAGAGAUCUUCGACUUUGAGAAGGUGCCGCUGCGGCGGGUUUGGUCUGGAACGAUCCGGGACACCAAUCUGCACUUGAACAUUGACAUAUCACAUUAUGGGGGCGUGGAGGUGCAUGACUUGUUCCCGAAAGAGUUGAUAGUCCGAGGGCACCUAGACCCGAUCGAAGCUGAGAAGUACGUGCAGGACAAGCUUCACGAUAAGAGCAAGUCUGUUGGGUUCUACAAGAUCCUGAUUGGUCCAGAUCAUGCCGGAAAAGAGUCAGUUUUGGAAAAGAAGUCAUCUCUGGAUAGGCAGACGAAGGCUCAUGUUCUUUGUGAAAUCAAGGACAAGAUCAUCAUCUAUGGCUUCUCUCAGGCAAACCACUUGUUCGACGCGAUGAACUCCGAUGGCGACGAAUCGAUCUUGAUGUUUGCAGUUGCAAUUGCAACAAGACGGAAAAAUCACUCGAAGAAGGUGGAGCCGAUUCCGAGGCCGCCGCCUAGUCUUGACCGCAAGCUGACGAGUCCGAGGAGGGGAAACGUGUUCCAGCUCUCUUCGACCACGUUUGGAAAGAUACAGACUUCCAGCUGCAGCAUGCGCUUGAAUCACGUCACAGGUGAGAAGAGUGUGGAGGUCAUUCCCAAGGAGCUCGUGGUGUUGGAGAAGGCUGAACUUGACAGUGUGAUCGAGUACCUGCUUCAGAACACGGUGACGGUGGUUGAGUUCGAGCCCGAAGGGGAGGCUGACACGGAGGCUUACUUGGACUUCUGUAAAGUUCUCCAAGAGAAGGGAAGAGCUGCAGUCGUCCUCGAUACCCCAUCUGUCUUGAUGUACCUCAUCCCUCCUGUCUCUGACGCGGGCAAGCUUCUUGAUCCGCCAUCCAGGAAGUGCGAAUUCAUGCUCGGCGUGCUGCUCUUCAGCCCUGACAGUGUAGAGCAUGUCAACGAAGACGCCGGCCUUCCGAGCUCAGAGCAUGCUGGUGGCCAGAGCGAGGGCUCUGCUAUGGACGUUUCGAUCAAGAACGAGGGCGCGGCAGUAGCAACAAUGCAAGGAGUCAACGCGCCGCAGGUGGCGUUGGGCUCUCGCUCGGGUGACAUGUACAACAUGGGGUACGUGGAGGAUGAGGGAGCAAGGAGGAGGUUGCCGCAGGGGAGCGACUUCGAGCCCGCUGCGUAUCCUCCUCCCAUGCCUCACCGUCCUCCUCAGCACUCUGAGCCCUUUAGCGAGAGCCGCUGGGACGGCAUGGGAAGGAGCGAGUGGGGGCCUGCUGGGGCUGCUCCGCCUCUGUACGGGCAGGAAUUGGAGCCGCGAGAGCCCUUCCGUGCUCCCCGCAUGAUGGAAGAUCCUCUCCCCUCCUACGAGGAGCACGUGAGAAUCAGACCGUCCUCCGACCCUCCCGCCCCGUACUACCGCGAGGGAGCAUGGGGAGCGAGUCAGCCCCCUUAUGACCAGCGGGAGCUCGCCAAUCCAGGUCGGUACCCUGGUUUUCAGCCGCCUCCUGUCAUGCCGCAUGCUGCUGUCCCCCGGUGGAACUCGAUGCCCGGGCAACCGUCAUGGGACCAAUACGGAGGAAGGGGAAGAGGAUACCGAGGGCCCAUGCGCCCCUACCCCCCGCAGUAG